AUGUUGAGAAACGCUUUGAAAGUAAAUGCACGUGCAGUGUUUAAAAGAAAUUUAUCGAUUCAUGAAUAUAGAUCUUCUCAAUUAUUAGGGCAAUAUGGUAUUCCACAUCCUCGCGGUUCGAUUGCAUUUUCACCUGAAGAAGCCGAGCAAGUUGCACACGAUCUUAAUGUCGGUAGUGUGGUAUUAAAGGCUCAAGCAUUAACUGGUGGACGUGGGAAAGGCCAUUUCUUAGAAUCGGGUUUACAAGGUGGUGUGAAGAUGGUCACUAGUUCUGAUCAAGCUGAAAUUAAAAAAUUGACUCUACAAAUGUUAGGUAAUCAUUUGGUCACAAAACAAAGUGGUCCCAAGGGGAAAUUUGUCUCAGGAGUUUAUGUUGUUGAGAAAAUUGAUGCAGUAAAAGAAAGUUAUUUAUCCAUCAUCUUGGAUAGAUCCACUAGAACACCUGUCAUUGUUUGCUCCAGUGAAGGUGGUGUUAACAUCGAAGAAACCGCAGAAAAGAAUCCGAAAGCUAUUAAGAAAUUUCAUGUUGAUCCAACUAAAGGUUUAUCAGAUAUCCAAGCUCAUAAAAUUGCAAAAGCUCUUGGAUUUUCAUCACAAACUGAAGAUGAAACCGCAGAAGCUGUUAAGAAUCUAUACAAGAUAUUUAUCGAACGUGACGCUACACAAGUUGAAAUUAAUCCACUAAGUGAAAUAAGUGGUGGUCGUGUCAUGUGUAUGGACGCAAAAUUUGGAUUUGAUGAUAAUGCGUCAUUCCGUCAAGAAGAAGUUUUUUCUUGGAGAGAUUUGACUCAAGAGGAUCCCGAUGAAGUUAAGGCUAAGAAAUACGACUUGAAUUUUGUUAAAUUACAAGGUAAUAUUGGGUGUUUAGUCAAUGGUGCUGGUUUAGCAAUGGCUACAAUGGAUGUAAUUAAAUUGAAUGGUGGUGAUCCUGCAAAUUUCUUAGAUUGCGGUGGGGGUGCUACACCUGAAACUAUUAAGAAAGCUUUUGAAUUAAUUUUAUCUAAUGAAAAAGUUCAUGCAAUUUUCGUUAAUAUAUUUGGUGGGAUUGUUCGUUGUGAUCAUGUCGCUUUAGGUUUAGUUAAUGCAGCCAAAGAACUUGAUGUUAAAGUACCAAUUGUAGCAAGAUUACAGGGCACAAAAUUAGCUGAAGGGAAAAAAAUCAUUGAACAAUCUGGAAUUAGUAUUCAUUCUUUUGCUGAAUUAGAUCCUGCAGCUAAAAAAGUCGUAGAAUUAGCCCAUGCUUAUAUUUAG